AACUGGGUGAGGCCAUUCUACAGGGCCAAUCAGAAAAUAGACACGCGGGUUGAUCGCGCACCCACCCAAUACAUCCGCGAAGAUCGUUGUGCAGAGGUGUAAACAUUUACCAGCUGCUGAUUGGAAUAUCUUGGACAGCAACGCAGAGGACAGAUAGACACCUCGAGACUUGGGAGGGUGAAGACUUGAGGGAGGGAGGGAGGUAGGCCUGGCUCACAGGUGAGUAUACCUGGUGUGCUGUCGAUGACCAGGUCGUUGUGAUCCAGCGACUUGUGACCAACAGGAGAGUUCCAGCUGGCCAGCAAGGGCCAAGUUUGGCCGGCAAGGGCCAAGUUGGUUCUGUUGAGUAGGGGUGUAAAUCGCGGGUUUUGUCACGAUACGAUAUCAUAUCGAUAUAAAGAAACACGAUACGAUAUUUGCCGAUAUCUUAAAGCCUGCUGUGUUUCAUUCACGACACAUCGCGAUAUAGUGCUCUACGAUCGAUAUAUAUAUAUAUUUUUUAAAUAAAAAAUACAGAACAAUAUCCUGAUUUAUAACAAUUCAUACGCAAAAUCAACAAGGUACUGCAAACUCUUUAUUUAGGAAAUGACAAGAGUAUUGUAGUGUACAAAGUGCUUAUUUUAACACUGAACUUUGAUGUCGUGUUUUUUCUUUAAAUAUAAAUAUAGAGAUUUGUGGUCCCUGAAUAUAUGAUCACCGCAUGGCAGGAUUUACAAACUGCACGUGUCUUGCCCGUUGAGCCAUCUUUUCUUUAGAAUCCAAAGUGCUUCCAAACGAAUGACUUGAAGCCUAAAGGGGAGCAAAUUCCCUCGUCUUUUUGGACACUAGCCAUAGCACCAGCCCAGGAGCCGCGUACUAGUGGUCGACUCCCCUUUCACGUGCCUGCUCUACUCACAACGCAACACGCCGCUCACUGCUCCCGGAAAGAGGAAGCAAGCAACAAUGAACUGGAUUUCAAAAUAAAGUCGCGUCUAAUGUCCGAGGUCAAACACGGCGAUAUAAAUCGAUGUUUACGUUUAGCAUUGAUUACAAUAAAUCGUAGAGCAUUAUAUCGCUUAAUCGAUGUGCAUCGAUGAAUCGUUACACCCCUACUGUUGAGGCAGUUGCGCAUGGCCCUCAGUUAAGCACUUGCUUGUGCACACGUCACAAGACGGACAGUUAGGACUGAGUGGCGAAAGGAUCCGCCGCGCCCCCGACCGGUUCAUCUGCCUGCGCUUGAGGACACAAAGAACUUUGGGUGGCCAAAAUUGCGCUUCCGCAUCCUGGUCACCACCUCUGCAAGGUUGGUGCUCUCGGAGCGAAAGCCAGUCGACAUUUCGACAGCUUCUCUCAUUUCUUUGACACCUUUGUUUUGCACACACACGGAAUUAUUUGUAGCUUUGUCACGCUGCGUUCGUUGCACCACUGAGGAUUCACUGCAUCAUUUACAGUCAGACCUGAUGACAUGAUGGCAGAGAGAAUUUGAGAAAUAAACAUGAUUGGGCUCAACAUUGCUACGGUUGCGUAGACAUUAGGACGUAAACGGGAAGUCGUUCAGGAGGAUGAAGAUGCGAGGGGACCAGGAGAUGAACACUCUGAUCACCGUAGAAAACAAGUCGGACAUCAGCUACGGGAGCAUCGCCACGAAUGCAGCCGUGACACCGCCGCGGGACAAGAACACGUUUAGCGAUGAAAGGACUCGCGUGGAUUUUGUUCUGGCUUGGGAGGAGCCUCACGGCGCCAACGUGGAGGACAGCAAGGUCGUCGACUCUGCUCACGGCAAGUGGAGAGAAAGCUUCCUGAAAAAUCUGAGAUUCUCGGGACUCCUGAUGGAGGAGAGGGAAGUGGUCCAGACCAAGUCCAGGAUCCGUUUCGUCCUGCUGAGCGCCCCCUGGAGUGUCCUCUGCUACUACGCUGAGGAAAUCAGUUUGCGCGUCCCCUUGCAGGUGGUCAAUACUUGCUACGUCAACUGGUCGGCUAGCGUGCUUCAGUACCUGGCGCUCCCCAACCCGCUGGCGCAGGACGUCCCCAAUACACCGCCCGAUUUCUAUACCUGCCAGUUCAGGACCAACAAGCUGGAGAGGUUUCUGGGCAGUGAGGACAGAGAAAACUUCUUCAAGACAACUCAAAGACAUCAAGUGCUGUACGAGAUUUUGGCCCGAACUCCUUACGGCUCCGUGUCCAGAAACGAGGUGGGAAUAGACCGUCUGCUGAGCGAGCAGGUCUUCACGUCGGCGUAUCCACUCCACGAGGGUGGAUUCCAGCUGCCCAAAAGCCCGGCGCCUGUCGAGUCUCUGAGGCUCAGGCAAAUCCUCUACGGGUACUGGGCUCAGUGGUCCUGCUGGGCUCGCUACCAACCUCUGGACCACAUCAGGGAGUACUUUGGAGAGAAGAUAGCGCUUUACUUUGCCUGGCUUGGGUUCUACACGGGUUGGUUGGUGCCAGCCUCGCUUGUCGGGACUUUGGUCUUCCUGACGGGUUUUUGGCUGAUGACCACGGAUGUUCCAGCGAAGGAAUUGUGCAACAGCGGCGGCAGUUUCGUGAUGUGUCCCAUCUGUAACAUUUGCUCCUACUGGAACUACUCCAGCAUCUGCGUUACCUUCAAGGCGGGGAUUCUUUUUGACAAUGGAGGAACGGUGUUUCUCAGCAUCUUCAUGUCCUUGUGGGCCGUCACCUUUUUGGAGUACUGGAAGAGAACCUGUUCAUCUCUGUCCCACCGCUGGGACUGCACUGAUUUCCAGGACAUAGAGGAGCGACCGCGGCCCGAGUUCACGGCCAUGGCGCCCAUGACGGUGAGGAAUCCUCUGACGGGUGCGGAGGAACCGUACUUCCCCGAGAAGAAGCGUUUCAACCGAGUGCUGACCGGCUGCAUGAUCAUCGUGGUCAUGGUCCUGGUGGUCCUGAUGUUCCUCAUCGCCAUCAUCCUGUAUCGCUCCAUCCUGAGUAUCGUCAUCUCCAAGUCCAAGCUCAGCUUCUUCAUUUUCUCCGCCGCCAGGAUUGCCAGUCUGACGGGAUCCGUGUUGAACCUGCUGGUCAUCCUGAUCUUGUCUCGUGUUUACAUCUCCCUGGCCCACAUCCUCACCAGAUGGGAGAUGCAUCGCACUCAGACCAAAUACGAAGACAUGUUCAUCCUCAAAGUGUUCGUGUUCCAAUUUGUCAACUUCUACUCGUCUCCGGUGUACAUCGCCUUCUUCAAAGGCAGAUUCGUCGGCUACCCGGGAGAGUACAUCACACUGUUUGGAGUGCGCAACGAAGAUUGCGGCGCUGGCGGCUGCCUCAUCGAGUUGGCCCAGGAGCUGCUGGUCAUCAUGGUGGGAAAGCAGCUCAUCAACAACAUCCAGGAGUUUGUCUUUCCGAAGUUGAGGGCGUGGUGGCAGAAGAGGAAGAGAAGCGCCAAGGAGCCCGAAGAGCAGGGCGGAGCAGAGCGGGGCCUUUGUCCCUGGGAGGUGGACUACCAGCUCCUGCUCUGCGAGGGGCUCUUUAGCGAGUACCUGGAGAUGGUCAUUCAGUUUGGUUUUAUCACCAUCUUUGUGGCGGCGUGCCCUUUGGCUCCUCUCUUUGCUCUCAUCAACAACUGGGUGGAAAUCCGUCUGGACGCGCAGAAGUUUGUGACAGAAUAUCGCCGACCAGUGGUGGAGCGGGCGCAGGACAUCGGCAUUUGGUUGGACAUCCUGCAGUUCAUCGCGUACACGGCCGUCCUCACCAACGCCUUCCUGAUCGCGUUCACCUCGUCCUUCCUGCCUCGCCUGUACUACCGCUACACCCGAGAGCCCGACCUCAGCGGCUUCAUCAACUUCACCCUGGCCACGUCGCCACCGCCGCGUGAGCACACCUUGGCCUGCAGGUAUCGCGGCUUCAGAGAUGAAAACGGCCAAUACCUGCCCGAAUAUUUUCACCUGCUCGCCGUCCGACUCGGCUUCGUCAUCAUCUUUGAGCACGUGGUUUUCCUCAUCGGCCGCCUGAUCGACUUGAUGGUUCCCGACAUCCCCGAGGAGGUGGAGCUCAAGAUGAAGAGGGAGCACUACAUGGCCAAGGAGGCGCUGGCCGAGAACCAGGUUCUGGGGAGGACCAUGAUUCCCGUGCAGAUGAACGACGAGUGCGGUGAACCUCGGCAGCGCAAACUUCGCCCCUCGGCGGCGCCGCCGGACACGGUGAUGAGGACCUCAGACAAAGUGGUCGAGCCGCCGGGCAGCUGCUGCUGAAGACUUUUCCUAGGACAUUUAGGACGUUGUGUAGUCGUUAGAGUAGGCCUCUUUGGCGUGGCGGAGAUGUUGGCCGGGAUACUUUGGCCAUCGCUGUCGCUCCUGCCAGACGAGCAAGAUUGGGCGCCAUGAUGGAAAGAGACGUUUGAAACCAUGUCGGUUGUUGAGGAUGGUGGUGAUGAUGAUAGCAGCUAUUUUUAGAAGGCUGAAAAUGCAGCAGUGCUCAUCAAUGUGAUUCUUUUGUCAUCUGCUUUUUCCCAUUCCAAUGACUGGGGUGGAUCAAAACAUAUUAGGUGAGGGCAACGUUCUAAAAAGAGGAGAUGAAUGCCAAGUAACAAGUGAAAUGUUGCGCUCGCUCGUACUUCAUUUCUUUUGAUAUCUAUUCCCUUCAUUUGCUGAUUUAUUCCUUUUUGUUAGUCACGCGAGCCAUUCUUCAACUAUACGCUGAAAUACGUUCAUCCUCAGUCAGGCACGAGGAUAAAAUAGUUCUUUGAAAAUGACAUCACAGUCAUGCAUCGAUGACGGCUCGGCUCAGCUCAGCUAUUUUGGAGGUGUGGCGAUGUGACGCUUACAAGCUGAGCCCAAGGCACUCUGCUGUCAUUUUCAAGCGACGCAAAAUGGCAACCGCCGACCGAGACGGGAGGAAAAAGUGCCAGCUAUUAUCAGCCACAAAUGUAAUAUGAAUCCGAUGGCUCUCACGAACAAAUUCUUGUCAACAAAAAAACGUGUCUUGACAAGAGGGUACCAUUAGUCGUAUGUUUGAUUUUUUUUCCAACCGAACCUUAUUGAAAUGGUAACUUUGACAAGAAAAAAAGCAUCGAAAACGCGACACAAAGAGCAGCCAGAGUGAUUUGAAAUAAAUGUUUGAAAUCAA